AUGAUGGCCGACUACACUGGUGGUAUUCAGUUCCUUGACGCACAGAGCUUCCAUCUCGACCCAAACUUCACGAGCAACGAUACGCCGUAUCCCACUAGCCCAGGUAUACGUCGAACAUCCCAUGUCACUCAUGCGAGCAGUCCGAGUUGGAUCUCUAGUUUUCCACCCUAUUCACGACCUUCCUCUGGGAGGCCGCCUCUCCCUUCUCCAGCUAUUAAUACUCGAAUAAUGCCCGACUCGCAGCAACAGAAGAUCCUGAGGCUGGUCACAGAGCGCGACAACGGAGAACAGCCUCCCCCGGAGCACUUGCCGGAAAUGGACGCAGAACCCGAAUGGGAUCCAUUCGAUACGGAGGAGAUGAUUGUCGGCGCAAGCGGGGAGAGUGAACACGUAGAGGAAGGGUAUGGACAGCCUGUUUGGAAUAGCGAGCCAGGUCCCUCCGAGGGUCCUGCUGAGCCUGCCAAACACAAGGGAAAGGCGAAAACCUUCGUUGGAGGUUUCGUCAAGAGACUUGGUAGACUCCCUAGAGCGAUAUCCAGAGGACAGCUGCUGGAUCGUAAACCUCCACGGAAGGGUACCUUAGGUCUGGGCUUAUCGGAUGAGCCCGAGUCGACGACACCAUUGCCGCGCUACGAUGACCCUGGACAACCGGUUCCAAAUCUCUCUAACGUGCAUUACGUCGAGGGAAUGGAGAUGCCUGUAGCGCCUCCGUCAGGACGUUUCCACGAGCAGCAGGCGGAACAAUUUUCUUGGGAGCAACCGUCGGGCGGACAACUAUCUUAUUCGUAUGAGCAUCCAUCGGCACAGCUGUCGUACGUGGAUGAGGAAGCAUCCGCAGACAUCCCGGGUAACAACCUAGAUGCACCACUCGAGAACCCAUACGAACACUCACAAGUCCCAGGGCAGCAACAGGAUGAUGCCACUGUCAUGGCAGGUAGAGGCCAUAUUACUCCGCCGCCUGCUGCGUUCUUGAGUACGCCCGUCGCCGUAAACAGCCCGGUGCAGGUGAACCCCCUUCCUACAGCGGACUACGUCCGGAUGGAGUCUCGAGAGCGGCCUCUCGACGACUCCUUUAGCGCACACAUCACUCGCGCACGGACGUUACUCGUCGAUUUGCGCAACCUUCCGUGGAUUUCGUACCCCGUAGCGGUCGACUACUUUCCGAGCCAAUCUAGUCGUGCACGCAGUCCAGAGGCAAAGCCGAACUCGUGGUAUUACACCACCCGCCAGCAUCAGGAGCUCGACUUGAUAGGCACAUCCCCUGCAAAGCCACUGGUGCGCCCACACAUUCAUCGCGGGGACGACAGCACGCGCAUGCGCAUGAUCCCGCAUGCUCCUACGACGUACGGAAGUCUUUCUGAAGCUGCCAGACAAGUAGGAGAUAGCCCUGCUACAGUACGAGGACAGCAUUCGCUGGCGUAUUCUCAGCCUUAUCACACCCCGCCUGCGCACACGUAUCCGUCGCCUGAGUCGCAGGUUGGGACCGAUCCCACACCUGUGCCUACAGAGAUUCGGCAGGUUUUACCUGCAAUUACGAUUGGGACACCUCCGCCUUCGGUGUUGCGCACUCCAAUCUCUCCAGGCGGGUCAAAUACACCGACACGUGUCCCAUACUCGGUGAUUUCUCCGAACUCAGUCGACAUUAGCCUGCCACGUUGA